AUGAUUGGAAGUGUGCGUGCUGCUCUCCCCCGCGUGAUUCCCCGUAAUACGACGGGCUACGCUCGUACUUUGAUCACCAAGAGUGAGCGCUGGACCCCCGCCACGGCCCGGGAAGGCAAGCUCCUGGAGCAGAGCGGUGCGGUCGAGCUCAGCAAGGUCCUGCCCAACAUUGAGUCGCACUGGGCCAAGCUCUCCAAGGAGGAGCAGUACUCGGUGUACAAGCAGCUCGAGGAGAUCCAGCGCAAGGACUGGAAGGACCUCUCGGUCAACGAGCAGAAGGGUGCAUACUUCGUUGCGUACGGCCCCUACGGCCCGCGCAAGCCCGUCUCUCCCCCGGGCCAGACUGGCCGCGUGAUUAUCGGCACUGCCCUCGCCGCUGGCUUCGGUAUUGCCGGCUUCUACGGCGUCCGCUCGCUCGCUAAGCCCGCCCCCAAGUCCAUGACCAAGGAGUACCAGGAGGAGAUGACUGCCCGGGCCAAGGAGAACAACCAGAACCCCAUCACUGGUAUUGCGAGCGAGGGCUACAAGGGCAAGGGCCACGUCAUCUAA